AUGUGCACAUGUGCACUUAAGUGGUCGGCAGAAGAGGUGGCUUUCCUCCACAGCAAGAGGAAUUUAUCGAAUCCGUCGUCACCUGGUUCCUUCACAGCAGCGGCAGCGAGAAUGAUGUCAGAAAGUGCAGGCGAGACAAGCCUUCUACAUGUCUUCCAACUCGCCUCAACAACAGCAUCUUUGGACAGACGGCAAGACCUCCAUGCUGGCUUGGUUGGGAAGGGUGCUUUUGUGAUGCCACACUUAUACGGAGAUGGUGCACUGAUGGCAUAUUUGGACCCAGCGAGUGCUCUUGAGGUUGCAGAAGCACAUGAAACACUGUUUGCACCGCUUGAGCCAGAUUUAAAGAUUUCUCCAGAGUUGGCGCACCUCCUGUCGCUAUGUGUAAUAGCCGGCGGCGGCGUUCAUAAGGCCCAGCGGGAGACCAACAGCAGAGCACCACCCCCCGAGUCCAUGAGGAACAGCCGCCAUCAUCCUGAUGACGGUGAUUAUUUGCCAGAAGAACAGUUGCCAGAUGAGGCCUGCCUACCAAGAAACCUCCGAAAAUGGGACCCUGUCAUCAUGUCUGGACUUCGACAUGUUGAUGAAAUUGUGGGGAUGCGCGACCAAGGCGCUUCCCUUCAGAUGCAGAACCCAGCAGCUGUGGGUCAGCCCGGACAGGCAGUGGGCAAGAAUAAUGGGAGCAUCUCGCCCGGCAUGAAAGGCCCUGCGUUGUACGGCUUCACGGUACAUAUCGUACCUGGUAGGAGUGCUGAGGAGCUGCAGGACAUGGGGGGGAAUCUGGCACGGCGCUUAGCUGCAGCACUGGACCGCAGUGACACCGACCCCUGCCGUCCACGGAGCCUGGCGGACGCAAUUUACAGCACGCACAGUCCUAGACUGGACGUCUUCCUCUGUUUUCAGGAUGUCUUCCUUGGGGUCAAACUUCUUUCUCAACGGUCCAACGUGCUUUGGCUGACACCCUCAAUGCAAAAGGUGGCCCUUAAUGCGCUGGAGACUUGGGGGAUCCAGACAGGUAAAAUAUCAGAAAAGGAGCAAGACCCAGUUAAACUUCGGUCGAAACCCUUUUGGGAGGCUGGUAUCACAGGAAAAGAUGUAACAGUCGGGGUCACGGACACCGGAUUGGAUGUGGACAGUUGCUACUUCACAGAUCUUUUUUCGAAACGCGACGAUAUAUUCUCGGGUUUUGAUUUCGUGGAUGUCCCCAACAGCAAGGGGACUUUGAAGUGGCUAAAAUGGCAAGACCUGUACUUACCGAGGAAGGUUGUCCAGUACAUCAUCUACUCCGGAGCUACGACGCUUCAGACACACUCCCAUGUAUGGGAAGACAGAGGUGGCCAAAGCGAUCACCUCCCAGGGGCUAUUGCCACUGAGGUAGACACCUAA